UUCAUAUACUUUUCCUACAAAAAUGAACUUGACUUUGCGUUUGUUAUCUUCUGAGCUCACCUGUCCUGCAAGUGAAGCCAUGCAAUACACAAAUGUGAAUUUUCUUUUGUCUAGACCGUCAGUGAGGGUUUCUUGUUUCGUUAAGAAAGAUGAUAUGCGAGUAUGUCAUCGUGAUGGAAGAAACACGAUGAUAUCUUGUCAAUUAAUGCAUAGCCACUUAGAAGAGUCAUACAAAAGAAAGAGAAGGAUACAGGUGCCUAUGCAGAAGCCAGAUUUUGUGAGGACAUUGUUGAUUGACAACUAUGACAGUUACACAUACAAUAUAUACCAGGAGCUAUCUAUUGUUAAUGGUGUCCCUCCUGUGGUGAUCCGAAAUGAUGAUUGGACAUGGGAAGAACUUUGCCAUUACUUGUAUGAGGAAAAUGCAUUUGAUAACAUUGUAAUAUCUCCUGGACCUGGUUCUCCAGCAUGCCCUGAAGAUAUUGGUAUUUGUCUUCAGCUAUUGCUUAAAUGCUGGGAUAUUCCUGUUCUGGGUGUUUGCCUUGGACACCAGGCGUUAGGUUAUGUGCAUGGCGCUCAAGUGGUCCAUGCAGCUGAACCAAUCCAUGGACGUUUAAGUGAAGUUGAGCACAAUGGCUGCCAGCUUUUUCAUGACAUACCUUCUGGAAGAAAUUCUGGUUUCAAGGUGGUUCGAUAUCAUUCGCUGGUUAUAGAUUCAGAAUCACUUCCUGAAGAGCUCAUUCCAAUAGCAUGGACCUCUUCCACUAGCACACUUCCAUUUUUUGGGUCUAAGGAUUGUGACAAGUACAAUGCUCAUGAAAUUCAGACAGAGCAAGGCAUCUUUAUUGAUCCUCUUUUAGCUCAAGUAGGAAAUGGAAGUUCAAACCUUUCUGAUUAUGGAAAAACUAGAAGUGCAAGAGUUCUUAUGGGAAUCAUGCAUUCUACAAGACCACACUAUGGUGUGCAGUUUCAUCCAGAGAGUGUUGCAACUUGCCAUGGAAGUCAAAUAUUCAAGAAUUUUAGAGAGAUUACGGAUGAUUAUUGGCUGAGAUUUAGGUCAUCAUACAACAAGGAAAAUCAUGCUAAUUCUGAUGCAUGCAUGCAGGUUUCAAGUGCUAGUAGACUGUAUAGAGAAGUUCACAGAAGUAUUAAUUCAGAGAAUAGUGCAGUGGACCAGCUGAAAAAAAUAGUUCAUGGAGAUAGACAUUUGGUAUAUAAUAAAGCUGAGAUGAAGUGGUUAGAAAUGUUCAACAUGGUAAAUUCUCAUCAUGCAAGCACUGGUUAUAAAUGUUUGAAGUUGAAAUGGAGAAAAUUUGGUCACUUGGCUGGUCAAAUUGGUGGCGCAAAAAAUAUAUUUUGUGGGUUGUUUGGACAUGAAGCUGAAAACACCUUUUGGUUGGAUAGCUCCUCCACAGAGAAGGGAAGAGCACGCUUUUCAUUCAUGGGAGGAAAAGGUGGACCACUUUGGAAGCAGUUGACGUUCAGAUUAUCUGAUCAUAGUGAUGGGUUUUCAAAAGGCGGCGGCUAUUUGUCUAUGGAAGAUUCUCAAGGUUCUGCCAAAACAAUAUUCUUGGAAGAAGGUUUUCUUGAUUUUUUGAACAAGGAGCUCAAAUCAUAUCAUUAUGAUAAAAAUGAUUAUGAAGGUCUGCCAUUUGACUUUAACGGUGGAUAUGUUGGUUACAUCGGGUAUAACCUCAAAGUUGAAUGUGGCGUCACAUCUAACCGUCACAAAUCUAAAACUCCAGAUGCAUGUUUUUUCUUUGCUGAUAAUCUUGUAGCUAUUGACCACAAAAAUGAUGAUGUUUAUUUAUUGGCUAUACGUGAAGAAAGUUCAAGUAUGACACAGUGGUUAGAUGAUGCGGAGGAGAAGCUUCUGAGCUUAAAUGGCUCCGUGAGAAUGGAUUUGGAAAGACAGGAUUCUCGUCCUUUAACUUUUUCCUCACGUAAGGCUGGUUUUACAGCAGAAAAACCUAGAGAGCAAUACAUUGAGGAUGUCAAGAAGUGUCUAAAGUACAUUAAAGAUGGAGAAAGCUAUGAGUUGUGCCUCACAACUCAGAUAAGGAAACCAAUUGAGGAAUUAAAUUCUCUUGGACUUUACCUGCAUUUGAGAGAAAGGAAUCCAGCACCUUAUGCUGCUUGGCUUAAUUUUUCAAAGCAAGAUCUGUGUAUUUGUUGUUCUUCCCCUGAGAGGUUCCUGCAGUUAGAUAGGAAUGAUAUGCUAGAAGCUAAGCCCAUUAAAGGUACUAUAGCUCGUGGUGCUACCGAAGAGGAAGAUGAGCAACUCAAAUUGACAUUACAACUCAGCGAAAAGGAUCAGGCUGAAAACCUGAUGAUUGUUGACCUUCUAAGGAAUGACCUUGGUCGUGUUUGUGAUCCUGGAUCUGUUCAUGUGCCGCAUCUCAUGGAUGUGGAAUCAUAUGCAACUGUUCACACAAUGGUGAGUACAAUUCGUGGGAAGAAGCGGUCGGAUGUCAGUGCUGUAGACUGUGUCAAAGCUGCAUUUCCUGGUGGUUCGAUGACUGGUGCACCAAAGUUGAGAUCAAUGGAACUUCUUGAUUCUCUUGAAAAUUGUUCUCGAGGUAUCUACUCAGGCUGUAUUGGAUUUUUCUCAUAUAAUCAGACAUUUGAUCUAAAUAUUGUCAUAAGAACAGUCAUUAUACAUGAGGGUGAAGCUUCAAUAGGAGCUGGAGGGGCUAUUGUUGCACUGUCAAACCCUGAGGACGAGUAUGAAGAGAUGCUCUUGAAAACAAAAGCCCCAUUAAAGGCUGUGGAACAUUUUGAAUAGAGUUCAAUUAGUCAAACAAAAGCUUUUUCCUAUUUGGCCCAAGUUCAAUAAUUGGACCCAGGUUUCAAUUAGUCACAAAAGGAAUAGUAAAGAAUAUUGUGGUAUAUAUAGGUUCAAUUGUUUUUGGGUCGGAUUUCAAUUGGUUUUCUUUCCAAACAGGAGGAUUCCUUUUUAAUUUUUAUAGAAACAGGCCUGCUUACAACCUUGAUUUGAUGUAGUAAACUAUACUUGUAACAUUUAUCCUUAGAUGAACUUUGCUACGAUACAGGCUGCUGGGUUAUAUUUUAGAUUUUUCUAUACUGUAAUGAGUUGAAUGAAUUCCCAAGGUUUUCAUUGUAUUCAUUCA